ACCCUGUGCCCUUGCGGGGUGGGCCGUCUGUCGGAUGCGCGGGUCGCCUGCCCCCUGGUUGGGUCGCUGCGGGCCCAUUCACGGCCUUUUUCGGCUGCUAAGGCGGCUGGCGCGGCCCUCCGCGCUUCACGGGUCCUGGCACUGGUCAACAGGCGCUGGGCCUUGGCCCACCAAGACUUGGGGUCGGGGGUGGGGCGCGGCCUGAUGCCCGUUCGGCCCUUCAGGGGAGGGCAGGGGGAACUACUCCGGCUGCUCCAGGCCGGCGCCAGGGCCUCUUCUCCUCCUCCUCCGAUUCGCUCCUACAAGGAGGUCCUCAUGGCUCGCCUCGCUGGUGAUGGUCAGCCCCGGCCAAAGAGGGCUUCCUCGGCUUACCAGCGACCCCGGCCCGCUCCACCUGCCCGUGGUCCUGCCCUGGCCUAGGGUCUCGACGCCGGCCCGUCGCGCUCCGGGCGUGGUGGCUCUGACCAUACGGGGAGGUCGCCAGAGUAUUACGCUGGCACCUCCCUACGCCGCCCUCCACCGCCUCAGGACUCCGAGAGGGACCCUCGCUUGCCCCUGCCGGGCUCGCCGGGGGACGUCCGCCGCCGGGAGGCUGCGCGCCUGAGCCCUCCUGACGUGGACAGGGAAGCUGCUCUGCGUGCCGUGCUGGUGGCACGGCCACCGCCGGCUCCCCGGUCCCGCGACGAGAUUGCCCCUCGCGACCAGCCAGCUCGACCCCCUGCUCCCCGGUCCUCGGCGCCGGCCUAGCGGCGGGACCGCCACGACCACCACCGAGAGGAUCGGCGGGGCGGCCCUCCCAUGCGGCGCGGUGCGGAUGACCGUCGCUCUGACUGGCAUCCCUCCCGAGCGGAGGGUGCGGACUGGCGCCGGGAUGACGGGCCUUCUAGGCGCGCGUCUCCAGUGCUCCCGCCUGCUGCUCCCCCGGCCGCCCCGUCUCUGGCGAAGAAGAAGAAGAAGUCGAAGAAGAAGAAGACAGCUGGUGCUACCCCGGAGGGUGAUGGUUGCCCGGCCUCGAUGGGGACUCCUGAGCAGGAGGCUCCGGAGCCCCCCCCCCCCCCCCCCCCGGCUCGGGGUAGCCGCCAGCGCUCUCAUGAGGAUACGAUGUGCAUCAACUGUGGGUGCGCAGGACACUACCGCUCGGAGUGUGAGGCCCCUCCACGAUGCCACACGACCCUGGCCUACCUUGGGUAUGGUACUGAGAGGGGGACCUUCUACUUCGUUGAUGCCGAGAUUGAGGAGGGGGUAGCUGGCCGCACCUGGCGACUGUCACCCAGGCACCCGAGCAGGCCACUCCAGCUGGGUUGGUGAUCUUGGCUGAUCUCAUCCGGGAGGAGCUUGUGGCCUACAUUGGUGACUUUCGGGACUCCGAGUUCGCUCGGGAGGUGACGGAGACGGCCCCCCUCGUCUUCUCGGUUCCCUUCCCCUCGGCCUAGCUCCUCCGGGUAUGUUCCCACGACGUCAUCAGUUGUCCCAUCAACAAGUUCAUGAUUUCCGUCAAGGCGGCGGCAGCGGAACCUGACCCCGUGCCGCCUUUGGAGAAGGUGUGGAUCCUCGUCUAUGGCCUCCCGAGGGGAGGCAAUGCGGCUCCGCGGGGUGGCAAACUCACUCACAUUCUGAAAGCCAUCUCCGAGCCGGUGGGCAAGCUGAUCACCGCUGACAUGGCUUCUUUCGAGGACGAUGGCCCCGCACGCAUUGAGAUCCUCUGCCCGGCUCCUGCUGAGAUCGAUGGUCUAUCCUUGGUCUUCUACUCUGGCUCCAAAGGUAGGCGCCUCACCUUUGAGCUCGAGUCCCCAGCUCCGGUGGACCCUCUGGGUUUGGACCCUGAUGAUCCGGAGCCUGGCGACAGGGGGCUCAACGAUAAGGGAGGCUCCUCGGAGGAGGGCUCGUCUUCUGAGGGGGAUGAUACUGCUAGAGGGGCUCAGCCCAAGUCGUCUAGUGCUGGGCGGAUCCCCGCCGCAUCGGCCGCUGGUCCGACAGAUCGCGCAGGGGAUAAGCCAGUGGAGGCGCUGGUGUCGUUGUCUGCGGUAGACACUGGGCUGCCUCCCCCUGUUUCUGAUGGGCCAGUGGCCGCCGAGGAGGAGGAGGUAAGUGUGGGCAUGGAGGUGUGCCCCGCCACAUUCCCACGCUCGCCCGGGGUGGUCUGCUACUCGCGCUCACCGGGGUCCCCCCUUCCCUAGUCUUGGGGUCCCCGGACUUGGGUCCCCCCCGAUCGUCGACCCCGGCUGGAUCUCGGAGUCCCCCCCCGUGCCCCGCUCCAGGCCACGGGGGGCCCCUCCCUCGUGGUGGCUACGCGGCAGAGUGCGCGGAUGAGCCAGUCCCGGAUCCUUCAGGAUGGCCGCAUCCCGACGAUCCGUGAGCCGGCGGCCCGCCGUGCUGCGGCCCGUGACUUGUUCCCGGCAUUGGCAUCCGCUUGUUAGGCCCCGAGACCGCGACCGGCUUCAGGGCUACCUGGACGCGCUGCUGAUGUCCGCCCGACGGCUCUCCCACCGCCCCCAUGAUGCUUAGCUUGCCCCUUGUUGGCAUUCUCUGUUUUCUUUUUCCUUUCCUUGGGUGUGACUGUGUUGUUGCCCCAUCGCUCUUUUGGUUUAUCACUGUGUUGGGUUGUGGUUGUAUGAAUGCUGGUUCUUAUGCUUUAUAUAUAAAGCGGGGUGAAAGCCUGUUUCGAGAUGAUAAA